AUGAGCACAUCGGAUGGCGGCGCAUCGAUCUCAGCGAAUUCCGAGCCAACGACUAACAAUAAUAAUAAUAAUAGCGGUUCGUUAGCUGUGAAUGGUUUGGAACAGAAGGAGAAGCAUAGCAUCGAUUGUAAUUUUCGUGUUCUUUCACAGAAAGUUCUCAUAAAAAACAUCGACUUUCGUAAUCAGUCUUUCGAUGUUUUCACCGAACUUUCAUUGGUUCCAAUGAAACGAUAUUUACGACAAAUUGUCGUCGAUAUUGGGACAGAUAUGGUCUUACCCAGCGAAUUGUCUUCGUGCCCAAUGUAUGUGGACAACAUAGAAAGGCGAAUAACUGUCGAUGGUGUAGAAAGUAAUUAUACUAGACGUGACAUUUUCAAGACUUUGCCUCAAGCUUAUGAAAGAGAAUCAUUCAAUGGUUUAAAUCUCAUUAGUGCAGUUCGUUGUAAUUUAAAACAAGAGUUGGUUAUUGAUGUUCCUGAAUCUUGUUUCCAAAGUUUAGAUGAAGCAAUGGUAAUUAAAGUUGGAAUAGCUGUGAAAGUGGUUAAAGCAAAAAAGGGUAUUCAGUUUAUCGGAUUUUUUAACAGUGAUGAAAUAUUAGAAAAGGGUGCUCAUUUAUACACUUAUCGGUCAGAUGUUUUGUCAAGCACUCAUGAGUGGCUGCCAUGUCUCGAUGCGCCGUUUCAGUUAUGUUUGUGGCGAAUCGAAAUAGUUGUUGAUAAUGUUUUUAUGGCAAUAGCAAGCGGAGAAUUAAUAGAUAAAGUUUAUACUCCGGAUAAGCUGCAGACAAUCUUUUGUCAUCAGCUUUUAAUUCCAACAUCAGCGAUGAAUAUUGGAUUUGCCGUUGGGCAUUUCACGCCAUACGUGCAACCUGAUCUAGCUGAAGUAGCAAGUUUUGCUUUGCCUUCUUUAUUGCCUCUUGUAAAACAUACUGUUGCGCCGGUGGAUCGGGCUUUCGAAUUUUUUGAGGAACUUUUAUCAUGCAGAUUUCCUUAUUCAUCUUAUAAACAGGUUUUUGUUGAUCAGGUGGCUGCUGAACAAAUAAUCUCAUAUACGAGUUUGACUAUUGCUUCAGUUAAUAUUUUGUAUCAUAAAAAAAUUCUUGACAUGGUUCAGGAAACUAGGAUAUUACUGGCAGGUGCCCUGGCGCAACAAUUUUUUGGAUGUUUUGUAACUGUUACAGACUGGCUUGAUCUUUGGAUUGUGAAGUCUCUUUCGAGGUUUAUCGCUGGGUUAUAUAUUGAAAGAUAUUUUGGGACAUGCGAAUAUUUAUAUUUAAUGCAAAAAAUUCUAAACAGUAUUUGUGAUUAUGAAAAUCAAUGGGGAAAAAUAUAUCUAAGGAAGAAGCAGCAGAAUGAUUCAAAAGCAUCAGCAGAAGCUGAGCCUAUCUAUGCUGAAAUUCUAUAUAAGAAAGGUCAUUUCGUUCUUCGUAUGUUAAACAAAAGGCUCGGGAAUGAACCGUUUUUUCAGGUCGUCCAUAAAAUACUUGGUGUUGCCAUACAAUUUAGUAAGCAACAACAAGAACCUCUGAAUUGGCACUGUAUGGCUAUAUCAACAGAAUCAUUCUUUCGCACUGUUUCCAAUGUCACAGGUUUUGAACUUCCCACAUUUUUGGAACAAUGGAUAUAUGGUGGUGGUCAUGCUAAUUUGAAUAUUCAAUAUGCAUUCAAUCGUAAACGUAAUAUGAUCGAAUUGGAAGUGGUUCAAGAUGCUGAGGCAAAAAUUGGUCGCCAGAGUUAUGUUGGACCUGUUACAUUGAUUGUGCAAGAGCUUGAUGGGUAUUUUACACAUACUCUACAAAUCGAUACCGAUCAUUCCAAACACGAUCUGCAGUGCCAUUCAAAGGGUCGAAGGCAAAAAAAGAAAAAAAUUCCGUUGUCUAACAAUGAAGAAUUGGAAAUUGAUUUGGUUAAUACUGAUCCAGAUUCUCCGGUACUGUGGAUAAGAGUUGAUCCUAAUUUGUUAUUAGUUAGAAGAGUAAAAAUUCGGCAACCAGUAUAUCAAUGGGAGUAUAUGCUCAAGUAUGAACGUGAUGUCUUGGCGCAAUUUCAAGCUCUAAAUGCUUUACGACGUUUUCCUAGCCCACAUGUGAGGACGAUAUUACUUGAAGCAAUUGAAUGUGAACUUUUCUACUAUAGAGUUCGAUGUCGAGCUGCAUUCUGCCUGUCCGAAGUUGUAAGUAAAUUACCUGAGACGUGGUUAGGAUCACCUGUUUUGCUAACAUUGCAUAAGAAGUUUUUUUGUUGCAAAUCAGCUCCGAAUAUUCCGAAGCCAAAUAAUUUUGUUGUAACAUCCUCUAAUCUUCAAUCUUAUUUUUUAAUGCAGGCGAUUCCACAGGCAUUGGCUCGAGUGCGAUCUGCUUCCAAUACUCCGAUCGCUGAAAUAUUGCAAUUCAUUCUUGGAUUAAUAAAAUACAAUGACAAUUCGAUAAAUAGAUAUUCUGAUGACUAUUAUCGUGCGUCGCUGAUCUGUGCACUUUCUGGAACAAUUAUUCAAAAUGACCGUUUGGAUGGAAAUCUUACACCUGAUUCUUUAUGUUCUGAGAUGAGAGAUGUUCUUUCAGAAUUCACCCAUGCUUUAAAUAUGGAUACUUUAAAACCAACUUUUGGUAGAAUUGUUGGCAUUAGUGCUUUGCAAGCAAUUUAUAAGAUGCAAAUCUUGUCACAAAUACCCUUGGAUCCACAAGUCUUUUGGCUCUUCGCACGGUUCGGAAUUUAUUCCCCGAUGCGUCGCGUUGCGCUAACGAUUUUGGUGGAUAUGGUGCAUCGAUCUAAGGCUACCUUUGUUUUCGAAAUGCUUGAUAAAUUGAUCGAUAUGAGUAUUAAUGAUCCGGAUCCAGCAGUUCGAUACCAUAUUGCUGCCCAGUUUUGUUGUCGACAUCCUUUAGUGGGUUUAUCCGGCAAUGAGACCAGUUAUCCUCUUAACGAAAGCGCGAAAAUACCAAAAGAGAAUUAA